UUUAGGCUUAUGAUGUAUGCAGUCGGUUCAGUUCAGAUUGUUUAAAUGUACAUUGUUUUAGUACGGGCGCACUGAAAGCUACCGAGUUGCGACGCAACUUUUGUCGGUAGCGCCAAUUAAAGAAGACUCGGAAGAAAAUGAGGUUGACGACGGAUCUGCGGUUCCGCCGCCUGUUGCUUCUGAAUUGUCUGACCAACAAAAGCAACCACAGCAACAGCAACAGUCCGCCAAGGUUUAUCCGGAGCCGAGAGCCCAGGACAUUAGUAAGAAGGUGCAAAUGAAAAAUGCCCUGCAGGACUUAAAGCAGGAAGUUGAUAUGGACGAGCAUCGAAUUCCUAUGUCUGAGUUGCUGGGCAGACUUGAGACGAACGUCGAAAAAGGAUUGACGGAGGAAGCGGCGAAGCAGAAACUUCUUAAGUACGGUCCGAAUGCGUUAACCCCGCCGCCGAAGAUUCCUGAAUGGGUGAAGUUCGCUAAAAAUCUGUUCGGCGGUUUCGCGCUUCUUUUGUGGAUCGGUUCCAUUUUGUGUUUCAUUGCAUAUGGCGUCGAUCUGUACACGUCGGAAUAUGCCCUGAAUGACAACAUGUAUCUUGGCAUCGUACUGGCUGUAGUUGUCAUUGUGACAGGCGUGUUCCAGUACUAUCAGGAAGCGAAAAGCUCGAAGAUCAUGGAAUCUUUCAAGGACAUGGUUCCUCAUUUUGCGCAGGUAAUCAGAAAUGGGCAGAAGAAGAACAUCCGAACUGAGGAUGUGGUCAUUGGUGACAUCAUCGAGAUUCAUGGCGGUGAUCGAAUCCCGGCAGACGUAAGGAUUGUAUCUGCGCAAAGUUUCAAGGUUUGUUUCAGAUUUGGUGCCACUCUUGCCCUUGCCAUAGCUUUCGUAACAAAAAGCACUUUAUACUUUCAGGUUGACAACUCAUCCCUCACUGGUGAAUCUGAGCCUCAGAGCCGUAGUGCUGAAUGCACCAGUGAAAACCCGCUUGAAACUAGAAAUUUGGCCUUUUUCUCUACCAACGCCGUCGAAGGUAGCGUACAGCUUGCCAUAUCGCAUUUUAUUCGUCUGAUUACCGGCUUCGCCGUUUUCCUCGGCGUCACAUUUUCGAUGAUCGCCUUGAUCCUGGGAUAUUCUUGGCUGGACGCCGUCAUAUUCUUGAUUGGCAUCAUCGUCGCCAAUGUUCCUGAAGGUCUUCUUGCCACCGUAACGGUUUGCUUGACGUUGACCGCUAAGCGAAUGGCCAGCAAGAACUGUCUGGUGAAAAAUCUCGAAGCGGUCGAGACUCUUGGCUCCACGAGCACCAUUUGUUCAGACAAGACUGGAACGUUGACGCAAAACCGGAUGACGGUCGCCCACAUGUGGUUCGAUAAUCAGGUGUUCGAAGCCGACACUUCAGAGGAACAAUCGUCCGCCGCCUACAAUCGCAACUCUCCGACGUUCAUAGCUCUGGCCAGGGUUGCUUCGUUGUGCAACCGGGCUGAGUUUAAACCCGAUCAGGACGCCGUUCCGGUACUGAAGCGCGAGUGUACCGAAAUCGAGCCCGGAAAGUACUGCAACCUUUUGGUGAUGAAAGGCGCUCCGGAACGCAUUUUGGCUCGGUGCUCGAAAAUCCUUAUCAAUGGCGACGACUUGGAACUUGACGACACCUGGCGAAAAGCGUUCCAAGAUGCGUACUUGGAACUUGGAAGUCUUGGCGAAAGAGUUCUAGGUUUGGAUGCGUCAUUUUUGCCUAAAGAAAAUUGUUCAUGCCUCUUAGUGCCAAUGAAUGAACUUUUCUACUUAACUUUUGUUAAUUAACU